AUGCUUUGUAACAAAGGAAAUGUUUGUGUGUGUGCACAGAUUUUUGAGAGAUUGCCAAAUUAUUAUAAACUUCAAAAAAGGCUGUUGUUCUUGGAAGAUCAGAAAAGCCAGCUUCUGGGGGGCAUACAAGUAAUAUAUAUUGAAGAACUGCAACCUAUGUUGCCUCUAGAAGAGUACUAAGAGACUCUGGACUCUUUCUAUAAUAAAUUACGUGACAGUAGACUACCUUUUCAUCCUCGCAGUCUGCGAGGCUUGCAAAUGAUUCUGGAAAGUGACAGAUAUGCACCAAGCUUACAUGAAUUUGGACACUUUACGAUACCAACAGUCUGUGAUCCAGCAACCCUUCAAUGGUUUAUUUUUGCCAAAGCACAGGAAGCAAGAGAGAAUCUGAAAAGAAAAGAAGAGAUGAUGAUUACGGAAAAAGAACUAAUCGAUACUUCCACUGAAAAAUUUUCUUUGGAUCGGCUGUAUAAGGAACCCAGUGUUUCCAGUGCACAGAUGAUAGAUUGUUGUAAGCGACUGCUAGAAGAAUCAUUGCCGUACCUACAAGGCAUGCACCUUUGCAUUUCGCAUUUCUACUCUGUGCUGCAGGAUGGAGACCGGUGUAUACCUUGGAACUGGAAAAACUGAGGACAUAGCUGAUAAUCGGAUGAAUUGUUUAUUUUCUGUAAGAGUCUAUAAAUAUGAAUGUUUUUGAGAGUAAAUUAUUUAAAUCUGUAUUUUGAUAUCAGUAUUCAACCAACAAGUUUUCUUCUAACUGCUGCUCAAAAAGAGUUGGAGUCCUAGAAGGUUUGCACAAUGCGCAGUAUUGCCAGUUCUGGGAAAGACAUCUGUACAUCCUCCAUUCUACUGUAGGAGUCCCAGUGUAUGGUAGCAGUUGUGAAACCACAUUUUUGUAGUGAAUUAUGAAAAUACAUUAAAUUGCAAGUCUGCAAAA